AUGUUUGUUUUUCAAUUCGCUGUUUUUAUUCGAAUGAUCCAAUAUGGUUACGGCGUUCCUGUAAACUCCGUUUCUCCAUGGUUUUGUAAGAUUCGUUAUUAUAUAUUUUACGUCGCUGCAGCCAAUGCUCGUUAUAACCUCAUUUUCGCAUCAGUUGAUCGUUAUUUUUGCAGUUCGCCGAAUCUUCUUCGUCGUCGAUUGAGUUCAUCAAAGAUCGCUGUUCGCGUCAUCACGAUGAAUUGUGUCAUUUGGCUUCUCUUUUACAUUCAAGUUCUCAUUAUCUUUGAUGUUGACAAUGACAAAUGUCGGAUUCACGUUGUCCAAUUGAUGACCUACUUUAGUUUUUACAUCACCGUUGAAAAUGGAUUCUUUCCGAUUGUUCCAAUGCUGCUCUUCGGAAUACUGACAAUUCAGAAUAUUCGUCAAAGUAGACGACGAGUGAGAGGAUCGGAACGACCCAAUCGAAGUCAAUCAAUUACAAAUAGUCGAAUUACGAGAAAAGAAAUGCAAUUGCAUCGAAUGUUGGCGAAUCAAGUUAUUCUUUAUUUGAUUUUGAAUGUUCCAUAUCCAAUUUACACGGUUUAUCGAUCGUAUAUUCGCGUUGGAACAUUGUCAGGAUCACGUGCGUUAACCGAUACAUUUAUCAACAAUCUUCUCUAUGAUUUGAUUUAUUUCGGUUAUGCAUUGACAUUUUUCAAUUUUAUUCUCACAUCAGACAUAUUUCGAAAGGAAUUGACACAAAUUAUUAAAACAAAACUCAUUUAUCGAUGUUGA